CGCCCGCCCCGCGCCUGCUGCCGUCCCCGGUCCGCUCCCUCUGCCCGUCGCCCCGCGGUGCUCGCAGCCAUGUCGCGGCCCGGCGGCGGCGCUAGCAGCUUCACCCGUCAGCCCGGCGGCGCGCAGGGGGGCUCGGCGGGCCGCGGUCGCGGCCGCGGCCGGGCGCUGAAGGAUGUCCGCGUCGACGAGGAGGUGGAGAUCGCCGUGAGCAUGGCCCUCGAGCGGUUCCGCUACGGGGACGAGAAGGAAAUGGAGUUUCCUUCUUCCCUCACUACCACCGAGCGGGCCUUCGUGCACCGGCUGUGUCAGUCCCUUGGUUUGAUAUCGAAGAGUAAAGGAAAAGGACCAAAUCGAUACCUGACUGUAAGGAAGAAAGAUGGAUCAGAAGUAUCUCAUGCAGUAAUGACUUGUUGUUUGAGUCCAACGACAAAACAUGCCAUUCAGAGAUUGAUUCAGAGAUUUCCUGUCACAAAUAAAGAACGAACAGAACUUCUGCCAAAGACUGAGCGAGGAAAUGCAUUUACUGUGGAAGCUGAAAACAAAGAAGUCAACAAGACAAGUGGACGGCUUAACAGUGGUAUUCCUCAGGUUCCCGUGAAAAGAGGGGAAUCGGAGUUUGAUUCUUUCAGGCAGUCACUGCCAGUUUUUGAAAAACAGGAGGAAAUUGUCAAAAUAAUCAAGGAAAAUACAGUUGUUCUAAUUUUGGGAGAGACUGGAUCAGGAAAAACUACUCAAAUUCCACAGUUCCUUCUUGAUGACUGUCACAAAAAUGGAAUUCCCUGUCGUAUAUUUUGCACUCAGCCAAGACGUUUGGCAGCUAUUUCUGUGGCUGAACGAGUGGCGGCAGAAAGAAGAGAAAAGAUUGGCCAGACAGUUGGUUAUCAGAUCCGAUUAGAAAGCAGGGUUUCUCCAAAGACACUGUUAACAUUUUGCACUAAUGGCAUACUACUUCGCACACUAAUGACAGGAGACAGUACUCUAUCAACAGUGACGCAUGUUAUUGUGGAUGAAGUACAUGAGAGGGAUAGAUUCAGUGACUUCUUGUUAAUAAAACUGAGAGAUGUAUUGCAGAAACAGAGUAAUUUAAAACUAAUAAUUUCCAGUGCUGCUCUCGAUGCAAAUCUCUUUAUUAGGUAUUUUGGAAGUUGCCCCGUAAUACACAUACAAGGAAGGCCUUUUGAAGUUAAAGAGAUGUUUUUAGAGGACAUUUUACGAAGCACUGGAUAUACAAACAAAGAGAUGGUAAAGUACAGAAAGGAGAAACAGCGAGAAGAAAAACAGCAAAGUACUCUUACUGAGUGGUAUUCUGCUCAAGAAAAUAGUAGCAAGCCAGAGUCUCAGAGACGAAGAUCUGUUCCAAAUCUAUCUGAAGAGUAUAAUCUGAUGGAUGAUGGGGGUGACACAGUAUUUAAUCAACAGACUGAAAAAGAUGCAAAUUGUCUUGAACCAUGGUUAAUAAAGGAAAUGGAUUCUUGUCUUUCUGACAUCUGGUUGCAUAAAGAUAUUGAUUCCUUUGCUCAGGUGUUCCAUCUCAUUUUAACUGAAAACAUUAGUGUUGAUUAUAGGCACAGUGAAACCAGUGCAACUGCACUAAUGAUUGCUUCAGGGAGAGGCUUCCUGAGUCAAGUAGAACAACUGAUCAGUAUGGGAGCAAGUAUCCACUGCAAAUCAUCCAAUGGCUGGAUGGCUUUGGACUGGGCUAAGCAUUUUGGGCAGACGGAGGUUGUUGACCUGUUGGAAUCCUACAGUGCAUCAGUGGAAUUCGGAAAUCUGGAUGAAAGUUCCCUCGUUCAAUCAAGUGGUAAUGACCUUGGAGCAGAGGACAGAGAAUUGUUGAAAGCUUAUCAUCACAGUUUUGAUGAUGAAAAGGUGGAUCUGGACCUGAUUAUGCACUUACUUUAUAACAUCUGUCAUAGUUCUGAGAGUGGAGCAAUUUUAAUAUUUCUUCCUGGAUAUGAUGAGAUAGUUAGCUUGAGGGACUGUAUUCUUUUUGAUGACAAGAGAUUUGCUGAUAAUGCUCACAGGUAUCAAGUUUUCAUGCUUCAUUCAAAUAUGCAGACUUUGGAUCAGAAGAAAGUGCUUAGAAGUCCACCUUCUGGUAUUCGCAAAAUAAUUCUUUCUACUAAUAUUGCAGAAACCAGCAUCACAGUUAAUGACGUUGUAUUUGUUAUUGACUCAGGCAAGAUGAAAGAGAAAUCUUUUGAUGCACUGAGUUGUGUUACAAUGCUAAAAACUGUGUGGAUUUCAAAAGCUAGUGCCAUCCAGAGAAAAGGCAGGGCUGGGCGCUGUCAGCCUGGAGUCUGCUUCCGUCUCUUCAGCAGGCUCAGAUUUCAGAAUAUGUUGGAAUUUCAGACUCCAGAACUUCUACGAAUGCCACUUCAGGAGCUUUGUUUACACACAAAACUGCUGGCUCCAAUUAAUUGUCCAGUUGUUGACUUUCUUAUGAAAGCUCCUGAUCCUCCACCGGCUUUAAUUGUGAGAAAUGCUGUGCAAAUGCUUAAGACAAUAGAUGCCAUGGAUACUUGGGAAGACCUCACUGAACUUGGUUAUCAUCUCGCUGAAUUACCAGUAGAGCCACACCUUGGUAAAAUGGUGUUGUGUGCUGUUGUUUUGAAGUGCCUGGAUCCCAUUCUUACUAUUGCUUGUACUCUUGCAUAUCGAGACCCUUUUGUCCUACCUACACUGGCCUCUCAGAAGCGUGCAGCUAUGCUGUGCAGAAAACGUUUAACUGCAGGAACAUUUAGUGACCAUAUGGCAUUUCUCAGGGCUUUCCAGGCAUGGCAGAAGGCACGGAGUGAUGGCUGGGAGAGAGCCUUCUGUGAAAAGAACUUUCUUUCUCAAGCCACCAUGGAAAUCAUCAUAGGAAUGAGAACACAAUUGCUUGGUCAGCUUAGAGCUUCAGGUUUUGUCAGAGCCCGAGGAGGAGCUGAUAUCAGAGAUGUUAACACUAACUCUGAAAACUGGGCUGUAGUUAAAGCUGCCUUGGUAGCUGGGAUGUAUCCCAAUCUAGUACAUGCGGACAGGGAAAGCCUGGUUUUGACGGGACCAAAAGAGAAGAAAGUGCGUUUUCAUCCUACCUCUGUUCUUAGCCAGACUCAGUAUAAAAAGAUUCCACCAGCGAAUGGGCAAGCUGCAGCUGUUCAGGCACUCCCCACAGACUGGCUUAUAUAUGAUGAAAUGACAAGAGCUCACAGGAUAGCAAAUAUCAGAUGUUGUUCAGUUGUAACACCUGUCACUGUGGCACUCUUCUGUGGACCAGCUAGGUUACCACGUAACGCUUUGCAGGAGCCUUCAUCCCUUCGAGGGGAUGGGGUAUCUAAUGGUAACAGUGAUAGUGAGGUGGAGGACGAAGCAACUUCUAAUUCAGCACUACUGAAGCUAGAUGAAUGGCUUCAUCUCAAACUGGACUCUGAGGCUGCUGGUUUGCUGUUGCAACUCAGACAGAAGUGGCAUAGCUUAUUUCUGCGUCGUAUGCGAGCUCCUUCUAAACCAUGGUCUCAAGUUGAUGAAAUAAUUAUAAAAGCAAUCAUAACUGUUUUAAGUACUGAAGAACAGUCUGCAGGUUUGCAGCAGCCUUCAGGAAUUGGUCAGAGGCCAAGGCCUAUGUCUUCUGAAGAACUUCCUUUAGCAUCUACAUGGAGGUCAACCAGCAGUAGAAAAAGCUCAGCAGAAACUGAAUUGUCCGAUGACUCGUCUAAUGCUGAAAAAGUUUUAAUGAAAUCUAUGCCUCCAGCAUUCCAGCCAAAGAAAUACAAGGAAAAAAACACUUUGCACUCCAAACGAACAUCAGAUGACAGGUCAGAUCAAUCAUCAGCGAGGUCUACGGACAGUAGUAGCUAUCCCAGCCCAUGUGCUAGUCCUUCUUCGACAAUAUCUGGAAAGGGUUCCAAAUCUCCUUCACCAAGAUCGAAUGUGCCAGUUCGGUACUUCGUAAUGAAAAGUAACAACUUGCAAAACCUUGAUAUUUCUCAGCAGAAAGGUGUAUGGUCUACAAGGCCAAGCAAUGAACGAAAACUAAAUAGAGCUUUCUGGGAGAGCAGCAUGGUUUACUUAAUAUUUUCUGUUCAAGGAUCUGGACACUUUCAGGUAACUCAACCUCUUGCUCAAAGGCUAGUAGUGAAUUGCCUUCAAACGUCUGUUGGAAUGCUUAUGACCUACAUUAAUCUGUUAAAAGCAGACACACACAAGACACACACAAAAAAAAGGCAAGGGUUUGCUACCUUUUUCUUUGCAUGCCAAAACUAACACUGUAAAUGUUAGUAAAUGACUAAGCAGCUAAAAUCCAAUGGCAGCUUUCUAAAUUUAGGAAACACAUAGAUGUCUCCGACUAACUUGAAUAAUAGCUGUUUUGCUUGAACAGUAUUUUCUAAGAUCUAUGAGAGGGGGAAGUCAUACCAUGAUACUUAAAGAGCUUUGUCUUGAAUUGUCAAAUGUUUAGGUCAGAGGGUGUGAUCAGUGUGACCUAUAUAAAAUGUACUGUAAUGGUUUACUUUAAAAAUUCUAGCUUAGCAAGAUAUUUGUCAACAAAAGAUGUCCAAUUUGAAGUUAAAGGCCUGACCUGGUAGCAUAAAGUUGCAUGUUAACGGUGUUGUAGAGAAGGGUGAACUCAGUUGUUAUGGGUAACUGAAGUUUAUCUUUUUUAUAUAAAUCUAUUUAUAAAAGUCAGCUAAAUGUAAAAACCUCAUGAACUAGUCAAAUUACAUCUGUCGUGAUGAUACCAUGUGAUAAUUUGGCAAAUGCAGAUGUGCUACUGGAAAGAAAUUUUUGGCAUGCUGGUUGGUUAUAAAAAUGGUCUGUUGUAUUGGGGCUCUUGGAGGAGGAAACAGGCUAGGAAAUACAUGCUGGAAUCUGGAGUGUGGGUAGUUGAUGUUGCCUUGCCCUCCAGUUUUGACAAUACAAUGAACAUUCAUGAAAAUGUGAGACUUACAUUACUAUUACUGUUCUCUUGCACCAAGUCUGUCUUUGCUUAACACUUUUUUUUAACCUCCAUUCCUUCUACUAAUUUCCAUUUAAGUUUGUCUUGAGCUAUCUAGGACUGUGGUGGUUUAACACCAGUAGAUAGACAGGCUCCACCAUGCUGCGCUCUCACUUCCCCUCCUCAAAAAGACCAGCAGAAAUUAUGAUGGAAAAAGAGCUCAUGGACUGACAUAAGGAUGGGAGAUCACUUGCCAAUUACCAUCAUGGGCAAAACAGACACAGCCUAAGGGAGAUUAAUGUAAUUUGUUGCCUCCUAAUAACAGACUAGAACAGCUUGAACUAAAAGUAAACUACAAGCACCAUCCCUUCAACCCCAUCUAUCCUAUUCUGUCUCUUCUCCCGAAGCAGGGCAGGCAAAUGACGAAUGAAGGUUGUGGUCAGUCCUUAGGCCUGGGGUCUGCUUCUGCAGGGGCUCAUCUCCAUGGGUCGCAGCCUCCUCCAGGCCACAUCCACCUGCUCCACCGGGGGCUCUCCACGGGCUGCA